AUGUCUCCAAAUGGAACAGCAAACGGGUAUCGUACCGCCGAAUCUUCGGCAAGCCGAGUUGUAAACGACGAGUUUCCGCAGAAUUGGGUCCCUUUUUCAGAUAAGCCCGCAUACACUAGACGCAAGCUUCAGAUGAUAUACCACGAGCUUAAAAUAAACGACACAAUCGACUUGGUGAUUUAUGACAAGAACCCUGGAGUCGGUGGGGUAUGGUUUGUGAACACUUACCCAGAACUGUCAUGUGAUGUACCUUACCAUAUCUAUACUUUCCUAUUUGAACCAAACCCCAAUUGGUCUCAUUUCCUUGGCCCCGGAGCAGAGAUACAGGACUACAUUCAGCGCACGACGAGAAAGUGGAAUCUUGACAAAGACAUUCAAUUUAAUUCCCAGGUCAAGAGUACCGUGUGGAAUAACGAGUCGGGAAAAUGGAAUAUCGAGAUCGACCAACUAGGAUCACUCCAGCAUGAUGAGGCUGAUAUCCUAGUAAACGCAAGCGGGCGGGAUAGCAAAUAUACAUUGCCAGAAAUCGAGGGGUUGUCGGACUUCAAAGGCAAACUUGUCCACACUUCGAAAUGGGACCAUGAUUAUGACUGGACCGACAGGAAUAUUGCGUUUAUAGGGAACGGCUCCUCGGAUAUUCAAUGUGUGACAAGAUUGCAACCAAAAGCAAAAAGUCUGGUUAAUUUCGUUCGUAGUCCGACUUGGAUCUCCAGCAACUUCCUUGCGGAAAAAACGCCAAAUGGCCUAAAUUUUGCAUACACCGAAGAGCAGAAAAAAGAAUCUCGGAGUCCCCGGAGGCUCACUUCAAAUAUCGAAGGGAGUUAG